UCGUCGAGUGCGGACGCUGUUCCAGUCCGGCUUUUCCACUUUGGAUUCGGACCCGAGAAAAACCGCGGCAACUGUUGGUCUACCGGACGAAAAGUCUGUGCGAGUCUGGGAUUUUUGAUUAGAUUUUCGUCCCAAUCGAACUGUUGUCGUCGACCUAGCGUUGUUGAAACGUUCCGUUGUGGGUAAUUUGUUUUGACGUGGUGUGUUUAGUGUACUGAAGAAUUUGACGUAUUUUUGCCAGCCAGAGCCUAGGGCUGCGUGGGAAGGCAAAUUGCCGUUUUGAGCGUUUUUGGCCUAAUCGUCGUCGUCUUCUUUCUCACUUGGCGUUGGGAUCGAAGAAAUUGUUCCAGCGAGGAUGAUGGAAUCUCGCGCGGUUUAAAGUGCAAAUUUACCAACCAUCGCUCAAAAUCCAAUGGAAGGGAAGAAAGCAAUUUGUUCCUGGUUGCUGGUUCCGAAGAUAAUGAUUCAGAUUUAAGUGCUUCUUAACCUGUGACCGGAUUGGGAUGAAGAUGGCGAUGGUGUACGCCGAUUUCGGGCGCGGCUAAUGUUUUGUUAAUGAAAUGAUCGCGUAGUGAAGGAAAAGGGAAGAAGAUUUCCACGUGGCAGCCUGUAUAGGCUGAAUCGAGGCUCAUCGGCCAUCAAAGCCCUGGAAUAAUGGAGUUAUAAAGUUGAUUCGAGAGUAAAAUAUGUUGGUUGUAAAAGUGGAUGAGUUCAAUUGAUUUUUAAGUACGCUUAUUGCGAGGAACGAGCUUGGUGCGAGGGGGGUUUUGAGUGACAUCCGGUUUACAACACCAAUCAAAGAGGACUUAAGGAAGGAAGUGGAAGCAACUCCCAAGAGAGACAUUCGCCCAACAACUUCCGUGUUCCCGGAGGAGCAAAUUGAGGUUUUAAGAAGCAGCAGAUCUGGUCGGUUCGGCUGCCCAUAAGUUUUUUUUUCUGUUGCAAAGAAGAAUCCGGGCGUGUGCAAGCUGUUGUUAUUUUUUUCACUCCUUCGGGUAGAAAAAAAUUGUUGUGUGUGAGUGUGGGAUAAAAUCCGAUAUGAGAAAAGUAAUGUGUUCCACCAAAGUGCAGAGCAUAAACUGAGGCAGGUGCCGCAGCUGCGGUUAAACACUUUUUACAAUUUUAUUUUCGAUAAAACACCCACAAGAGAAAAUUGGUCUUCACAACAGCUGCUGGUUGAAAAAAAGGUAUCAACAUGGCCAAACAUGGCUCCAGGAUUUUCCGGAGAAAAAUCAAGGGAAUGUCACUCUGAAUCAUCCUCGAUGAUGGCAUCGAGAAAGGAACCUUCAUCAGCAGUCGUGAUUGUCGCAGCAUCAGAAGUAGCUAGGAAGUUACUUGAAAAUCGGAAACCAGAAGCAAACGCAGAAACAGCAGGAGUAUAAUGCAAGGCGUCGAGGAACGCGUCUUGGAAUGGUUACACUUUGUCUAUCACAACGACUCUUCCAUUUCCCCUGUCCUCAACACCACCGAAUUCCGGCGACGUCUGUUCGCAAUCCUCGACUACAACCUGACCAGUCCUGUUAUGAACGGUUCGAUCAAAAUGUACCGGCAUGCCUUUGAGUUCCAGAACAUUUCCGAGCACAACAUCACGCACGAGUAUGUCAACGAUUUCCUGGAGAAGCUUUUCCAAUCGCUGAACCGGAUCAAUCGGUCCGGAAUUGGCGGAGAUGGCGACGGAUGGGGCGGAUUUGAUGACCCGGACAAUGCCAAUUGUAGCGACUACUGCAAGGGAACGGUGCGAGAUGUGAUGCUGGACUAUAAAACCCUUCACGGAUACAUUGCACUGGUGAUUUGCGUGUUCGGAACCAUCGCUAACAUCCUGAACAUUGUCGUGCUGACGCGCAAAGAGAUGAGCAAAAUCCCAAUCAACCGCAUCCUGAAGUGGCUUUCCGUAACCGACAUGUUUGUCAUGAUGGAAUACAUCCCGUUCGCGUUCUACAUGUACUCGAUACUGCCAGAUCGACAAGAUUACCCGUACUCGUGGGCUGUCUACCUGAUGUUUCACAUGCACUUCACCCAAAUCCUGCACACGAUAUCCAUCCUCUUGACAGUGAUGCUGGCGGUUUGGCGGUACAUUGCCAUCAAACAUCCGCACGGCUCAUUGGCAACGUAUGCCCAGUCCAACUACGGCCACGCCAUCCUGUUCUGCUACAUCCUGGCCCCGAUCCUCUGCAUGCCGACGUACUUUGUCUUCUCCAUCCGGCAGACGCGCAUCUUCAAGGAUGACACCCACGUCAUGCUGUACCAUUUGGAUGCCAACGAGCACACUUCGGUCUACCGCUACAACUUCUGGAUUCAUUCGGUGAUCAUCAAGCUGCUCCCAUGUGUGGUACUAACGCUGAUCAGCUGCGUGCUGAUCCGUGUGCUGUGGAAGGCUAGCCAGCGGAGGCAAAAGCUGAAGCAGGGAACCCACUACGUUACCAAGAACGGAUCGACUCCGGCCGAUGCGUCUACGCCAAGCCAUGCCCUGUCAGCCGCCAGUCACAAUAAUGUGAGCCACGUGGGGACACCGGCAACGGCCGUUAGCAAUGGGAGCAGACACCCAAAAACGGAUCGUCGCGCCGACCGAACCACCACCCUUUUGGUAGCGGUGCUGCUUCUGUUCCUGUGCACCGAAUUCCCCCAGGGUAUCCUGGGUCUGCUGAGUGGCACCCUGGAGAAGUGUUUCUUCAAGCGCUGCUAUGCCCUGUUCGGCGAAGUGAUGGACCUGCUUGCCUUAAUCAACGCCGCCAUCGGUUUCGUACUGUACGGCCUUAUGUCGAAACAGUUCCGCACCAGUUUCAAGUCGGUUUUUUGCAAAACUCCAACCCAUAGGAUCGAGAUGACUCGAAUGACCGGUAUCAAUACGACCUGCGUUUGAAAGGUUGCUUUCUAGAGAUUUUUUAGAAAACGAAUUUAAAACGACAAUUCUAGCAACCAUGUAACAUAGUAGGCUAUAAGUGGAAUUACACAGGUUGAUCCAUAAUUAUUCCAAGCUGUCGGUCAUCGGAUGAUUCUAGAAACAAUUUUUGGCACACAUCAUUCAAGUAGUAACCAAAUUAGGUAACCAUUUCAGAAAUUUUCUAGUAGAAUUAAAUUCACGCAUCAGCACAAAAAAGAAGAAAAAAACACUUUUAUCAAAUUUUCGACCGUCAACAAAUUAAGAUCUAAAAUUAAUCUAGAAUCAAUCACCCCAAGGUUUUUGCUUGGGUUGGAGUUGUGAUUUCAUGAAAUUUACUGUGUAAAUAGUAACCAAUCGCGGAGCUUCGAAGAAUUAAGUGUUAGAGUUAGUCGAGAAGAUUUGAUCUUACCAUACACUCGAGCCAUUCCAUGGCGUUCACAGAGAGUCUAAAAACCCCCACCUCCCCUCGUAAUCGUAUGCGUACAAGAGCCCAGACGCCAUACGACGAAAGCAUUAGAACGACAGAGUAACAGCUGGAAAAGGAAGGAAGUUUUGUGAAAAAUUUAAAGAAAUACAUGGACCAACCGCUCAAAAUAUCUGUGAACGACACCCUGGAAUGGUUCACUGUGCUUCAGGAAACUAUUUAGAAGAAAAUAAACUAUAGUUGUUGAACACGAGUUCCGUAUAAAGAUUGUUGUAUUUAUAAGAGAUUCUAAUUUCGAAGAUAAGAGGUGAGAGAAAAAUAAACAAACGAAUUUUGACACCCACGGAUUUGCUACACUCAAACGGUACAAAUAAAAAAAAUCUCCCGUCAAAUAAGCCCAAUUGAUCUUUCGAUAUUCCUAUAUAAGU